AUGUCUGGACUUGGAAUCUUUUCGACGGGACCGUACCAUAUCAUCACAUAUGGGACGCUCUUCGGAACUACCUUCUGGCAUUCCUUCGUUGGGGGAAUCGUCAUGUUCAGGACGCUGGCACGACCUCAGUUCGCCGCCGUCCAAUCCCACCUCUUCCCUAUCUACUUCUCGCUCCAGACCGCGGCUCCCGCCAUCCUUGCCCUGACGUACCCGGGGAACAAGAACUCGGGGCUGGGGCUGAGCGGAAUCUUGGACGCGGCAAAUAGGUGGACUGUUUUGGCGCCGCUUGCGACGAUCUUUGCUACUUCGCUACUUAACCUCUUGGUCCUGCUACCUGCUACCGGGAAGGUCAUGGAGAAGAGGAGACUUCAAGAGAAGAAGGAUGGCAAAAAGUCGUGGGAGCCAGCUCCUCACUCGCAAGAGAUGGUUGCGCUUAACAAGGAGUUUGGCAAGCUUCAUGGCAUCUCGUCACUUCUUAACUUGACGACUUUUAUUGCGUCCGUCGUGUAUGGGUUCCAUCUUGGCAACCUGCUCCAGUAG